CGACUGCUCAAAUCAUGUCCAGCGAGAACUCCCCUCUUCUCGCCAACCCGGAAGUGCAAGGUCUUGAUCCUCAUGAGGCCGUAUACAAUCGCUUUUCGGCAACUCAAAAACGCGCCAUCGUCGCGCUGAUAUGUUGGACGGGCCUGGUGCCGAUGUUUGUUUCAGGUUCUUUCGUGACGUCGAUACCGCAAAUAGUGAAGGACCUUGACUCGACCGGUCCAGUAGUCAGUCUUGCAAUCAGCCUCUCCAUCUUCACGUAUGCGUUUGGCUGUCUCCUGUGGGCGACCUACUCGACGUUUUACGGACGACGACCCAUAUUCCUCGCUUCUUUGCCUCUCAUGGCCGCCGGCUCCCUAGGGGUCGGGUUAGCCAGAUCAGUUCCGGAACUGAUGGUUUGGCGCGUCAUCCAGGCGCUAGGAGCAUCGCCGGGUAUGUCGGUCGGCGGCGCCGUUAUUGGAGACAUAUACAAGUUGGAGGAACGCGGAAGUGCCAUGGGUCUGUACUUUGGGGCUUGUCUGCUUGGACCUGCUAUCGCUCCACUUACUGGCGGUACUUUUGCGCACUAUGCGUCGUGGCGUCACAUGCAAUACACGCUCUUCUUCUCUGCGCUGCUUACUGCUGUUCUGGUAUCGCUGUUCCUGCCCGAAACCAGCCAUCCUGGCACCCGAGGAAUAGAAAAGGCACUGGAGGCGGAAGGCAUUCAUGCAGUCUCUGGGCUGGCUCCGGGAGAGGUUGCGAAGGAACGUCGCUGGAAGUGGUACUGGCUCAACCCUUUCUCUAGCCUCAACCUUCUACGCAGCCCGAAUCUCCUGGCUAUCACGAUCGUCGGCACGACGACGCUCCUGACCGACUUUGUCCUCCUUAUUCCGAUGGCAUAUACGAUAGGCCGACGAUACAACAUCACGAACGAGGCGCUCAUUGGCGCGUGCUUCAUUCCGGAUGGAAUUGGCAACAUCAUCGGCGCGCCUCUCUCUGGUCACAUUUCGGACCAGAUCAUAAAGCGGUGGCGAAAGCGACGCGGCGGAGAAUGGGUUCCUGAGGAUCGCCUGCGUGCUGCCGUCUUCGGUGCUAUGGUGCUCGUGCCGGGGUCGAUCCUUUCGUCGGGACUGAUCAUGGCAUAUGUGGAUGGGAUUCCUGGUAUUGUCUUGAACCUGGUUAUGCUCUUCGCCAACGGCAUAGGCGUUGACCUGGUUUUGACCCCGUGCGCGUCGUACAUGGUCGAUGUGGUUCACUCUCGCAGCGCAGAGAUCAUGGCCGCUAACAGUGCUGUUCGGUCUCUGAUCCUCUCGGGUGCUACUACACUGAUCCUGCCAAGCAUCGAGACCAUAGGCGUUGCGUGGACGGAUACAAUCGCUGCUCUCCUGGCUUGGGUGGGUUUCGGGUUGUUGUGGUGCACGAUACGAUACGGUGAUAAAAUGCGAGCAUGGGUCGACGUCGGCUACUCCACCGCGCAGACGAACUAGAACGAGCGCUCGCGUAAAAUGCUCCAACCAGGAGCUGAUGAUCAUCAACGAGGCUACGAGGACGGGUUGUUUUACGAUGUACAUACGUUGGGCAUGGUAAUGCAAUUUGAGAUCCA